AUCGUGAAUAUCACCGAUUCAAGCAAAUAUUAACAAACAUGGCAAAGAGAAAGACCACAGAACCGGAGGUUCAGCCAACUAAGAAGCCAACCAAGGCCAAUCCGGAAACCCUGAUCUCAAUUUGUAUACCUACCUCUGUAAUUUCUCAGAAGAAUGCCUAUAAUUUACAACAAAUAACCACCAUCGUAUAUCAGAUCGCCAAGGCAUGUACAAUCUACAAUGUCAGUGAAAUUGUCGUGCUAGAUGUUCCUGAAAAGAAAGAAGAAGAGCCUGAACCAACGGUUGAAGUUGUCAGUGGUGACAAGGGAGGGAAGAAGUUAAAGUUUAACUUUGAUGAUGAUCUCUCCAAAGAUGUGCCCGCUAAAAAGGAGAUCCAAGAAGAAACAACUGAAGAUGACAAGGCGAUCUUAUUAGCCAGUCUUUUACAAUUUUUUAUAACCCCUCCAUAUUUAGUGAAAACUAUGUUUUCCCCAGCAUUAAAUCCUAAUUUCAAAAGCAUCCUUGCUAAGUUCAAAUAUGCAUUUAAAUUACCCAAAAUUACUACAUUACCAUUUAUGAACAACAAUCAAACAUAUAAAGAUUUCAAAGAAGGUAUCAUAAUCCCCAAGGAAACACCAAAAGUGAGACGCAAGACCAGUGUUAAAAAGGUCAAAGCUGCAAAUAAAGUAACUGUGUCGAAAUAUGUAAAUAUCGGUGAGGCUCAAGCACUUGAAUUAAAUAUCAAGCGAGAAAUCCCCAUAAAUUCACGUGUUACCGUUGAUUUGAAAAAUAAGACCAUUGUAUCACCAUUACAAGCCUAUGGAAUCGUGGGACACAAGGCUGCAUUUGGAUAUCACGUCCGAGUGGUCAAACAAUUCAGUAAGUUGUUUACUGAAUGUCCUAUCCCUGAAGGGUACUCAUCAAGUGUGUAUGUUAACUGUGAUGUUUAUUUUGGUAGCAACGAAAAAAUCUCAGACUUAACAAACCUUCCACAAUUGGAAGUCAAUCUGGCUGACAAGAACAACGUGUUGGUUGUUGUUGGGAACUAUAAAUACUUGCAAACGAGUUUUGAAGAUGACAAGACCAAUUUGGAAGGUGUCGAAUCAGUCAGUCAAAUGUUUGAUGGUAAACUUACUAUACCAACUGGGGUAAAGAUUGAAGAUGCGGUAUUAAUCUCAUUAGCUAAAUUGUAUAACUAAAAAAGUUCUAGAACUUUAGUGGGCUUCGUAUAACUUGUAACAAAGAAACAGAGAAACCUGU